CCUGCUGCAGAGACCAUCAGCACCACUGUAGACUUAAAACGUGCCAAACGAGAGUAUGCAUGCCGACAUAAAAUGUUGGUGCCAUCCCAUCUAACCAUCCAGCUGCUGUGAAGUCUAUCAAGAAGACACAGCAGCUAAUGAGCCUCUGAUCCAGACCAUAGACUGAACCAUCCGGACCAAAGACUGUGUCAUCCGGACCCGCGGAACCUGAGCUACCACCGCUGUGCUGCCUCCACUCAGUGGCCUCUGCUGGGCAUUCAGCGCCGGGAGGAAACAAAAAGAAAAAGAUCCUCCUUCUGCAUUUGUGUUGGUAUUGAACAGCAGAAGUGGGUCGAUAAGUGGAUUAGAUUUAUUAGCGGUCCGCAUUGGCUCCAGCUCGACAGAUGACAGAGGAGCCACAGUCUGAGGGACUGCACACCACGCAUUAGGUUAGAGGAGCGCCAGCAGCGUGUCCACAAGUGCGGCACAAUUCAAGUGGAAGGGAGAGUAAACUGUCAGGAUGGAUCUGAUCAAACUUGCCGUGUCCUUCCACAUCCUGCUGUGCUCUGCAUGGGCCCGUCACUCUUACUUGGACAGCAUCCUCUCCCCCCGCUCAGUUCUCAGGUUUCUGGAUGAGCCGCUGACGUUUGACCCCUGCUGUCUCAUGUCACCGCCGCCCCCGCCUCUCUUCCCCCCGCCGCCUCAGCUGUGGAAGCGCGUGCCCGAUGGUGGUAGUGUGUUAGAGCCAAGCGUUUUAGGAAGAGAGGUAAAGGAAAAGGAAAAGCCUGUAACACCUGGGUGUUCACCUGGACCUCCAGGACCUGCAGGUCCCCAGGGCCCAGAGGGUCAAGGUGGAUUACCCGGCAUCAGAGGACCUAAAGGCGACAAGGGAGAAAUUGGACGUCCUGGGUCAAAGGGACGUACAGGGGCUCCAGGCCUCCCAGGAAAGCCAGGACUACCAGGAUGGCCUGGACCAGAGGGACCCCAGGGGGAAAAAGGAGAUCCAGGACUCAUGGGAUUACCAGGAUUGAGGGGACCACCAGGGACAAAGGGUUUGCCUGGUUACAAAGGAGAUAAGGGGGGUCAUGGGGACCCUGGAGCAGCAGGGCCAAAAGGCGAUAAGGGUUCAAUCGGUUUGCCGGGCAUGCUUGGACAGAAGGGUGAGCAGGGAACAAAUGGAGGGCCGGGAGUGGCAGGGAAGAGAGGACCUACUGGACGACCAGGGAAGAGAGGCAAACAGGGCAUGAAAGGCCACUCUGGAACCCCAGGAGUCAUGGGCCCCCAAGGACCUGCAGGACCAAAUGGCCAUCCGGGACCACCGGGUCCACCUGCCUCAGGUCUGUAUCUAGUAGGGGAAAAGGGGGAGAAGGGUGUUUCUGGUCCACCUGGUCGCUGUGACUGUGAUUCAACUGUUGGAGCCAAUAAUGCUCCUUUUGGAAGCUACACACAGCGGGGCGGCCUCAAUAAAGUCCCUGCAAUAUUUGUGGUAAACAAUGAGGAGGAGAUGGAGCGUCUACGUUUAGACGACUCAAUAGCGUUCAGGAAGGACCAGAGGGUGCUGUACUUCAAAGAUAAAGAUGGAUGGAAGCCCAUACAGCCCUUCCAGCCGUUCCAGUCCACAGAGAAAGUCCCGGACAGAGUUGGUGUGUGUGGAGACGGGAAGGUGCAGGCCCAGCACGGAGAGGAGUGUGAUGAUGGAAACCAGAUUGUGACCGAUGCCUGUCUCAACUGUAAGUGGGCCUACUGUGGAGAUGGCUACCGACAUGACGGCAUUGAGGAGUGUGAUGGAAAGGACUUUGGGUAUCAGACCUGCAAAUCCUAUCUCCCCGGGUCCUUUGGGCAGCUCAGAUGCACCGACUCCUGCCUCAUUGAUUCCACUGGCUGCAAGUAUUUCACCUGAACUGGAAAGUGAGACAAAUUGCCUAAUAGCAACUUCGCAGUUUCUCUUUCUGGGGUUUAUAUUUCAGAUUUCUACUGAAGUCUCACCCCUUUAAAAUAAAUGAUGGACUGAAAGAGACUAAAGGGAAGCUCUUGUGCCUGCUCUGAGCCAUGUGAAUCGACCGUCUCCCCUGGAGGUUUAAAUCUUAUUCUGGCCUCAGGGAACCGCUACCUGUAACCGUCAUUGGCUGCAGCACUGUUAUGGACACCGGUGGUGGUGGGAAAUGUUUUAAUGAUUGUAUCAUAUGAAAUAGUUACAAUGUGUAUGACUUGCUGACUGUUAAUGCAAAAUAAGCUGUAUUGUGAAAUUAUUUUGUAAAGAGAGACAGGAAAAAAGAGCCUUUUUAAAUGAGGCAAUUCUAUUAUUGAUACUAUAUAUACACUGUAGUAUGCAAAUCAGGGUUUGUAAAUGUGUUUAUUCCUGUGCAAUAUAAUAGGAAACAUGUAUUUAUGAAGUGCAAUACUGUGAAAAUGCAUGUUAUUGUGUUCAAGUGCACAUUGGACUGUUUAAAUAGUGCUGUAAAUUUAAUAGCCAGAGUAUUUCCCUCUUUAAAUGAUUGUUGAAAUGUCCGACAGGAGGAAAACGAAUGUCGUACUGCAACAAGAAGAAUACUGUGAUUAUCGCAGCAGCAUGAACAAACUGCUCAGUUACAUCAAAGGAACUCUAAACUUAUUUCAGUCAAUAGUGUAUAAUCUGCCUGCAUGACUGUAAAGUUCACACUGUACAACAAUAAAGAUAAG